AUGGGUGCCACCAGGGAAGAGCUAAGGAAGCUCUGUGAUUCGUUAGUUGGCGAUCAGCUUGCAAAAGUCGAACUGCUCACAUCUGCUUCGCCGGAGUUCCUGGAUGAACUAGUUGAUUUUGGAGUGCUUUCUUCGUUACAGGACGUGAAACUGGAUAUUCUCUUUACUGUAUUACAUCUGGAUGAGUACAUUAGAGAUGAAUUAGGGGAAUUAUACAUCGAUAUGGUCGCUAAAAUUUAUGAUGAGAGAACGCUAGCGAGCGAUCUAGUGGCAAAUGAUCCUCUAAUCAAUUACAAGUACGUCAGGCUUAUCAACCUGUGUGUAAAUUUCUGCCCUCCAUGUGUUUACCCUUAUAUGGCUUCUUUGCAGGAGGGAUUCGUUCAUUUGAUAAGCCGAUCUCUAGGUGGUAGGCAAGAUGAUGAAGAAAUGUAUCUAAAAGAUUUGGCAACGAUAACAGAGCUAUCAAACUUUUUCCUGAUUGAGAAGGACUCCUUAGACCCCGAAUUGUUAUGUCAUUUGGAAGGUUUAUUAAAACAGAUUGUCGACAAAUAUUCGUAUGAACUCCAUUUUAGUUAUGCUAUCCGUAUCAAGAUUGCUAAGACGUCUUCAGCGGCUGCUAGAUAUGAUCCGCUCAGUAAUAAGGGCAUCGAGAUGAAUAACACGGUGCCCAAUGCUGUGAACAUACAAAAUUCAAUGGAUCGUAGGUUGAUUUCGUUGGGUUUAGCACUCUAUUCCACACCAACGGAAGCGGAACACUACUCAUACAAUAACAUGUUGUCUUUGUGGCAAGAUUCACAUUUUUGCACUUUUGUCACCAGUAUGUUGAAGAGCGGAGACAUCAACCUCAGAUGUUCGGCGUUGGCUUUCUUAACCCAUCCCUAUUUCGUCGACCAUAACACUUGGGAUCAGAAACAACGUGUGAAGCAGAUUUUACCUUACUUGGUUGACUGCCUCAAUUAUCAGCCUUUGCCCUGGUGGUUCGACCCAUUCGACACUUUAGAUUCCCUGAUCGAAUUAUACCAUAUGCAUGAACCUCUGGACAAUCCAGUGAUCAUCUUCUUAUCAAAAACGAAUAUAAUGUAUGGAUUACUGACGCUUUUCGCUGACUGUCUGUCGCUAAAGCAACAAAGCAGGUCUUCUUUAAGAUCUACAACGAAGUUCAUUAAACUAUGUGCAUCAUUUGCCGCAUAUGACGAGCUAUACAGAUCCUUGUUGCUGGAACAAAAAUCCCUUCUGCAUCAUCUGGAAUUUGGCAUGGAGACACAUUUAAAGCUACUGAAAGAUUUCUUAUCACACAAACAGGUUAUCAUGGACUCAUGUGAUAAAGCAGAGAUGUUACCGCCUCUUUAUGAUAGCCAGUUGGUUGUCGCUUGGUUACUGCUAUUGAAAUCAUUCUCUAGGAGUGUCUCAGCGUUACGUACGUCGCUAAAGAGGAACAAAUUAGCAGAAUUGUUACUUGAACUCUUGCAGACCACUUAUCAAGUCACUCAGGAAUGUGGCUUUGCUGGCAAAGAAUUUUUAAGCGCUGAAAUAGACGUCAUGGGCAUCACACUCGGCUGUAUUUGUAACUUUGUCGUGGAGUUCUCCAACUUACAAUCGUUCAUGUUGAGUAAUGGUAUCGUUGACAUUACGGGAGAAAUUUUGAAGCCCACAAUAGGUACAUGCCUCUCCGCUAUUCAUGAGUUCAAGGCGAACGCGGUCAAAACCAAUGCCCUUUGGGUACUCAGACACCUGAUGUACAAUUGUCAAAAUGCAGAGAAGUUGGAUCUUCUCUCGAAAAUUCCGAUGUCUACAAUUCUAGAGUAUAUCAAUGAUCCAAGCUGGCCGGUACAAGAGCAAUGUUUCCAACUAAUAAGAAACCUAACAUGUAACUCUAGAAAAGUGGUGAACAUCCUUCUGGAGAAGUUCAAGGACAUAAAGUUUGAAAACGAUCCAAAGACGUCUGCUCGAAUUGGUCGUGGAACGACAUACCUUUUUCAAUUCCUAGCCAGGAAGAUCAAACUCAUUGACCCCACUGAUAUCAUUCAAAGGAAGACUUUGGAAGGUGUGCUCUACAUAAUCGUUAAUUUAGCUGCGGUCAAUGAAAACAAGAAAGAACUGGUCAUAGAACAGGACGAGAUCCUAAGCCUUCUCGGUGACAUACUGUCCGAGACCCGGCAAAAGGUCGAACGUUAUGGUAACGAUAGCAAACUAAAGCUGGCAAGCUUAUGGGUACUAAACAAUCUAUUGUGGAACUCGACCAUCUCUAACUACACUCAAUAUGCACUCGAAGGCUACGCCCCUUCGCAGAAAGAUGAAGCAGGUAGCAACCAAAGCCCCAUGUCACCCUUUGCUGGCGAAGGAGACAUCAAUGAGAGUAUGAUAAAUGAUGAAGAAGAAGACGACGAAGAUGAAGAAAAUAAUAACGACCCUGACGAUGAUGACGACGACGAGGGUAACGAAUUUGUUCACGGAUCGUCCUCCACAACCGAUUUAAGCAGGGCAGCCAACAGUGCAGCAAUCAAGAGGUGUAAGAAAUUAGUCGAUAUGGGCAUAUACGACCUGGUGAAGCAAAAUGUUUUCGACGAGUCGCUGUCAGUCAGAGAAAAGGCCCGCACUUUACAGUACCACAUGGACAUGCUCCUGAAGGAGAAUUUAUAG